UUGAGGAAACAAAAGAACUUUAAAAAGCACUCGCCAUUUUCCCCUGCAGUAACAGUUUUUCUUUUUCUUUUAAAUGCGAUUGCAAUAACAGUCUCUUGGUUCGUCGUCAAUGGUGAUGGUAGAUCUUCCAAUCCUCCAGUUCGAAGAGAAGAUCAUAGAAACAGUAGAACAGAAUCCGGUGGUUGUCAUAAUCGGAGAGACCGGUUCGGGAAAGAGCACUCAGCUCUCUCAAAUUCUCCACCGAAGAGGCUACACCAAAUCUGGAAUUAUCGCCGUUACUCAGCCUCGCCGAGUCGCCGCGGUCUCUGUGUCCAGACGAGUUGCACAGGAGCUUGGUGUACGGCUGGGAGAGGAAGUGGGAUAUGCCAUCCGUUUUGAAGAUAGGACUUCGGAAAGGACACUGAUUAAGUACCUUACUGAUGGAGUCCUCCUUCGUGAAAGUCUGUCUAAUCCGGAGCUUAAUCACUAUUCAGUGAUCAUUUUGGAUGAAGCUCAUGAGAGAAGUUUAAACACGGACAUAUUGCUGGGAUUAAUGAAACGACUAGUUAAAAUGCGUGCUUCCAAUUUAAAGGUUUUAAUAACCUCAGCAACUCUUGAUGGUGAGAAAGUAUCAGAAUUCUUUUCAAAUUGCCCUGUGCUGACUGUACCAGGAAAGUUGUAUCCUGUGGAAAUUUUGUACAGCAAGGAGCGUCCUACAAGCUAUCUUGAGGCUUCUCUGAGAGCAGCUAUUGAAAUACAUGUUAGAGAACCAGAAGGUGAUAUCUUAAUAUUUAUGACUGGACAGGAUGAUAUAGAGAAGUUGGUAUCAAAGCUGGAGGAUAAAGUUCAAACCCUAGAGGAAGGCUCCUGCACGGAUGCCAUUAUUCUUCCUCUCCAUGGAUCUUUGCCACCUGAAAUGCAGGUGCGAGUAUUUAGUCCUCCACCUCCCAACUGUCGGAGAUUUAUAGUUGCCACAAACAUUGCUGAAACUUCUCUGACUGUUGAUGGUGUUGUGUAUGUUAUUGACUCUGGUUAUGUUAAGCAACGACAGUACAAUCCAUCAGCUGGCAUGUAUUCCCUUGAUGUUGUUCAGAUAAGCAAAGUGCAGGCUAAUCAGCGUGCAGGACGAGCUGGAAGAACACGUCCUGGCAAGUGCUACCGGCUAUACCCUUCUACAGUUUACCGUGAUGAAUUUCUUGAUGUAACAAUUCCUGAAAUACAGCGAUCUUCGCUUGCCGGCAGUGUUCUUUACCUGAAAUCAUUGGAUCUUUCCGAUAUUGAUAUUCUAAAGUUUGAUUUUCUUGAUCCUCCUUCAACUGAAUCAUUAGAAGAUGCUUUAAAACAAUUAUAUCUAAUUGAUGCUAUUGACGAAAAUGGAUCAAUCACAACUAUUGGGCGAACGAUGGCUGAGCUUCCUUUAGAACCUUCUUUGUCAAGAACUCUGAUCGAGGCAAACAGUUAUGGUUGCUUAUCUCAAGCUUUGACUGUUGCUGCCAUGUUAUCAGCAGAAACCACGUUGCUUCCUGGUCGAAGUAAGAGUGGUGAAAAGAAGAGGAAACGCCCUGUCAUGGCCCUUCCUGAUGGAUCUGGUUGGGGUGAUCACAUACAGUUGCUACAAAUCUAUGAACAAUGGGAUCAAAAUGACUAUGAUAUUGAUUGGUGCAGAGAUCAUGACUUGCGGGUGCGAGGGAUGAUGUUUGUCAAAGAUAUCAGGAAACAACUAUGUCAGAUAAUGAAUAAAACAGCUAACAUAGGUUCGCUGGAUGUGCAAGCAAGUGAAAGAUGGAGAGAAAAUCAACAGGAUUACAAGAACUUGAGAAAGGCUUUGUGUAAAGGCUAUGCGAACCAGCUUGCCGAGAGAAUGAUUCAUCAUAAUGGAUAUCGGACGCUGGGUUUUAGGCCCCAACUAGUUCAGGUGCACCCAUCCUCUGUGCUAACAACAGAUGAAGAAGGGAUGCUUCCGAAUUAUCUCGUGUAUCAUGAGCUCAUUUCCACGUCACGUUCUUUCAUGCGCAAUGUGUGCGCGGUAGAGAUGCCAUGGGUCAUGCCAAUUUUGAAGAAGUUUGAGACUCUGAAUAUCAGCAAAUUGAGUGGUGGCUCGGCUUUCCGUCAAGAGAGGACUGAGGAGAAACCAUCAGAGAUAUCAAAUAGCAGAGUUAUUGCACCAGCUGAUGAUCCUGAAAGUAGAAUCCAGGCUGCUAGGGACCGUUUCCUCGCUCGUAAAUCAAAGAGAUAAAAAAAAGUUUAGUUAAUCAACUGCAGAAGUGAAUUGGAGUGAAGAAAAGUUAAAAGUGGUGGGAUCUCUUUGUAACUAGAAAAGAAAGCUGGGGACAAUACUAGAAGAUCUCCAAGUCCUAGCUCAUAAUCAUAUCGGGGUGUCUGCUUCCCAACACUGCAUGUUGAUCUCUAGUCGCAGCUGGACCCAGUUUGUACGAGCACAAAAGGUACAAUCAAUAUGGGUAGACAUCUCUUUCAUUACACUCUGUUUGGUACCCCUUUUCUUUCAAUUGAAGGGAAAAAAAAAUGGUCUGGUUCAAUUAUAUUACUUUAAUUAUAACUGUUGUAAAGCUUUACCUCUGUUGACAUUUUAACGUUUAUUUUCAUA